AUGAGGAGGCGUGCCGGCCUCCUGCAGAGUCUCCAAGCGGUGGCCGUCCUUCAGUGGAUCUUCUUUUGGGGCUCGGUGUGCCUGGCCGCGCUCAUCCCCGUGAUCCUAGGCAGAGCCUGGAUCCUAGCCCUCCUCUACCUGGUCUGGCUCUCUGGAGACAGGGACUGGCCACACGCAGGAGGCCACUGCUCUGCCUGGGUGGGCAACCGGGCCAUCUGGAGACAUUUCCAAGAUGGCUUUCCUGUCUUGGAUGGGGGUAUGUUCCCUGCAGAAGCCAGCAACUUCUGCACAGAGACCACGGGCUUCUUGGGCCUCUUUCCAGGCCUCUGGCCGCACCUGCUCAGGCUGUCAGGUUGGUUCCACCUCCCUCGCUUCCGGGACUACACCAUGUGUAGUGGUUUGCUGUCCUCUGACAAGGCCAGCGCCGCCUAUCUGCUGUCCCGGCCUGAGGGCGGCCAGGUGGCAGUCCUGGCCGUGGGAGGGCCCCUGGAAGCACUGGACCCAAAAGCGAGUGCGCUAACCUUGCGGAUCCGGAAUCAGAAGGGGUUUGUCAAGUUGGCACUGAGGAAGCGGCCAGUGGCCGGGCGGGACACCCUUCCCGAGCCCUACCGGCUCUUGGCGAGGAGAGCGCAGGAGGCGCCGAGGCCGCUGCUGAGGGUCGCCCUGCGGCUGUUCCACGGGAGCCUGCGUCUCCUCCCGCCCUUUCGCACGCCCCCGGCACCGGCGGGCAGCCCCGGCCUCGGCCCACUCCUCCUCCCGCCCGCGCACCGGCUCCCGCCGGAGCUCGGGCCCCGCGCGCUCCCAGCUCCGGGAGUGCCCCCCCCCACCGCCCCACCCCCCAAUCCUGCCGUCCGUUGCUCGCGGCUCAGCGGGGCGCAGGUGGACGCGCUGCCCGCGCUCUAG